GCCAGGGAGCAAGAAGCGUAACCAAGACCCGCAUAAUCGUGCUUGCGACCGACAUGGACAACGGCACCGCCUUGGCGAUCGUUCUGGGUGUGUUGGUGGGCCUGCCGCUCCUGCGCUUCCUUACGCUGCUCAUUGGCAACGUCAUUGUUGUCAAACACAAGGAAACGGUGAUCGUGGAGCGGUGGGGCAAGUUCCACGCCAAGUACGGCCCUGGUCUGCAUUUCCUGAUCCCGUUCAUGGACAACGUCAAGACGAUCACGUGGCGUCGGCUGAAGAUCAAAAUGCCGGACGAGCCGGACGCAUUGGUCGACAAGAGCUUCUACCGCAUCGACGCGCGCCAAACAAUCAUGGACUUUAAGGUCCAAACCAUCAUCACGCGUGACAACGUUGAAAUCGAAGUCCGUCCAAUGGUGAUCUACGAGUUCUGCGACCCCAUGAAGGUGUGCUACGAAGUGUACGACUUGAGCCAGGCGAUGAAGAAGCUCGUGCACACGACACUACGAUCGAUCAUUGGGGACAUGGGCCUUGACGACACUCUCGCAUCACGCGAAGAAAUCAACCGCGGCAUCUUGCUCAAGAUCGCCCACAUUUGCUUCAACUGGGGCAUUCGCAUCCACCGCGUCGAAUUACUUGAAAUUUCCCCCAACUCGUCAGUCCAAGAAGCCAUGCACAAGCAGCUUUCGGCGGAACGCGUCCGCCGCGCGGCCAUCGUGACCGCCGAGGGGUACCGCGAAAAGGUCAAGACGGAAGCCGAGGGCGAAUCGCAGGCAAAAAUCGCGCUGGCCACGGGCGAGCAGCAAUGCAUGGUCAUUCGUGCCAAAGCGGCGUCGGAGGCACGGCUCCUCAUCGCGCGUGCUGAAGCCGAGGCGUUGACGGUGGUCAAGGACUCGCUCAAGGAUAUUGCGGUCGACACGACCCAGUACAUGAUCGCCGUGCGUUAUAUGGAGACACUGGCAGCAAUUGCAAACGCGAGCAAGAAGUGUGAAGUGUUUAUGCCGCUCGAAACGGACGUCGUCGGCGCCCUCGCGGGGUUUUAGGGCCAUCUACUCCCUUAACUUCACAUGCCUUAACGUCGAACUGUUCAUAGCAUGAGAACGUCAUGGAGUUGACAACGUCAUCGCAGUGCACUUAUCGCAG